AGUGAACCAAUCAAAAUGUCAGUCGGGUAUCCAACCCUCUCUCCUGGAACCAUCAUUGCUUCCGUCCCUAACAUGGUUUUCAACGAUGAGGUUCCGAAUGAUCCCGGAAAGAUGUUUAUCGGAGGCCUGUCCUGGCAAACAACUCCGGAGAACGUCCGAGUUUACUUCUCUCAGUUCGGAGAUGUAGCGGAGGUAAUGGUUAUGAAGGAUCCAGUGACACGGAGAUCCAGAGGGUUCGGUUUCAUCACUUUUACACAUGCAAACAGUGUAGAUAAGGUUCUAGCUCUUCCAGCACAUACCAUCGAUGGAAAAGUUGUCGAACCUAAGAUCGCUGUGCCCCGUAAGUCCAAUCCCAAGAUGGUUUUGAGAACUAAGAAGAUAUUUGUCGGAGGAUUAUCCAAUACUACAAGUCUUGAAGAUAUAAAAGCUUACUUUGAGCAAUUUAGCAAAGUUAAAGAGUCAAUGUUGGCAUAUGACAAGGUCACAAAUCGGCACCGAGGAUUUGGUUUCGUUACAUUUGACAACGAAGAAGUUGUGGAUAAAAUAUGUGAAAUACAUUUUCAUGAAAUUAAUGGUAAGAUGGUUGAGAGUAAGAAAGCAAUGCCUAAGGAGCCCCGAGGAAACAUGAACUUUUCAAACUGUUUUUAUCCAACCCUUCCACAUCACUCCAGGAUUCUGGACAACGCUACAUAUGUUCAAGAGAUGUCACAAACUUUUAUUACCGAGGGCUUUGAUCGAGAACACUGGCAAGAUAAUUAUAUUGAAAACUAUUCUAAGAUCCAUCCUUACUCCGGGAAACCGUCCCGCUUCUCCGAGUACUAUCCUGGCAGACGAAACUCUAACAAAAUGCAUCCUGAGCAAGCUUCUGAGAAUACCUUUAGAUCUGAACAAACUGAAAGUUUUGAUAAGACUAUUCCACAUGAAGAAUAUGAUGCAGAUUUUCCUAAAUUAACCACUAAGUUUCAAACCUUCUCCAUGGAGGAGGAGCCCCGACCUAACCAACCUGUUUAUUAAAUAUAACAGUCCAGUAAUCUGUAGUUUAUAGAAUAACAAACCUAAAUUUAUUCA